GCAGUCGGGACGCAAUCGGGACUCAUGUUGAGGGACGCGCAGGGCGGGCGGCAGUGAAGCAGCACCAGAAGGAAGGAAGGAAGGAGGAAGGAGAAGGAGAAGCGCCCCGCACGUGAUCCAGGUCGGCGGACGGCGGCAGGAUGCUGUGGCUGCUGCUCUGGGCGGUUCCUCUGGUGGGAAGCGGCCGGGUCGACGCUCGGGAACCACGACACCUAGAGGAAGCGGUUGCCACGGCGACGAGGCCUAACAUCGACUACUGCCGCUCUACCAACAUGGAGGACUUCACCUGCUGGUGGCACCCGCUGGACAACCUGACGGGCGAGGAGGAGGUGGCCUACGUCCUCACGUACUCCAAAGACAAAGGACCCAGACGCGAGUGUCCCGACUACAAGACGGCCGGGCCCAACAGCUGCCACUUCGACAAGAGCCACACGUCCGUGUGGAAGAUGUACUGCAUGAACGUGGUCGCCGUCACCGCCCGCAGGAACUACACCUCCAAGGAGCACUGCGUGGACGUGGGCGAGAUAGUCCAGACGGAGACGCCGGUCAACCUGACCUUCGCGCUGACGGAGGCCGGCGAGGACGAGACGGGCCACAACGCGCGGCUGUCCUGGGUGUACCCGGUCCCCGAGGACCUGCAGUACGGCUGGAUCACGCUGGAGUACGAGCUGCAGUACCGCCGGGUGUCCGACCCCGACAACUGGAAGGUGAAGGUUCCUCUGCGGGAGUCUCACCUGCAGCUGCUCGGCCUCCGCUUCGGCGACUACGUGGUCCGGGUUCGCUGCCGCUCCCACAACUACGGCCUCUGGAGCAAGUGGAGCAGCCCGCUGCUGAUGAGCAUCCCCAACAGGCUGCGCGCGCCCACGCCCACAGGUAAAGUGCUGGUCCUGAUUCUGGUGGUGGGAGUCGGCAUCGUGACCCUGCUGGGCAUCACGUUCGGGAUCGUUCCUCACAGCAAGAGAAUAAAAGAGUACUUCCUGCCGCCCAUCCCAAAGCCACGAAUCAUCGGUAUCGACCCGCUGCUCCUGAAGAAAGGGAAGUUGGAGGAGAUCAACCAGCACUUCAGCAGCUUCCACAGCUACAGACCUCCCAGCUACUCGGAGGAGGCGUGGGAGCAGGUGUACGCCAGCGACGUCUACCUCACCACGCCCAAGGACUACGGCAUCACCGCCGACCGCACGGAGGGAGGGGGCGGCAAGUUGGAGCCCCCGGGGGACCAGCGUCCGGUCGCCCCCCAGCCUCCGUUCCUCACCCACAACCUGGCAUCGUACGUCCCCAUUGCCCCGCCUCCGCAGGCAUUUGUGCCGCUGCUGGACGCGCCGACGCCGUGGCUGGGCCCGGACUACAGCAUGAUGGAGCACCCGGGCCUCCGCGGCACCGCCCCCGUCUCCGACCCCACCGCCUUCCCCCCCAGCCACUCGCCGCAGGACUUCUACACCUGCGUCCAGCUCCUAAACGACACCGGCGAGGUGCACCUGGUGCCCUGCCUGCCGCCCGCGUACUGCCGGGAGUUCCCGCCUUUCCCGGGUGUCGGCUCUGCGGAGGACGAGGAGGAGGAGGAGAAGAAGAAGCAGCAGCAGCUGAGCGAGUACCAGGCCAGGAAGCAGUCGCUGAGCGGGCUGAAGGACGACGACGCCGUGCCCGACAGGAACGACGCGGUGGCCCCGCUGCUGCCGGUGGACCGCAGCGGCUAACGGCGCCGCGGCGCACGGACUGUCGCCUUGAGCGCAGUGAGAGUCUGUAACCUGCUGGUUCCACCCAAAACUGACCCUGUUCUGUUCUGUUUCCCGCCGUUUCCUUGACUUUGCAACAGGAAGCUGAUGUGCAGUACUCCAGCCCCGCCCUCGGCUCCGCCCCCGCCCCGGAAACACGUCAACGGACGUGUUUCACGUGGACGAAGCUACCGCCGGUGCAGGUCCGGACCACCAACAUUUUCUGUUUUAGGAACAAAGCAAAGCUCUUUCGGGACCUGGUUGUUGUUGGACCCGGUUCUGGUUUCCGUAGCUCUGCGCCCGACUCGGAUGCAGUUUCACUGCGAGGGACCACAGAAGAAUUAUGGGAUGUGAAGUCCACGAGAGCUGAAGAAUGAGCGAGGUUCUUCUUGCAGGACAUGCAUGACAGGACGGGUCAGGACGGGUCAGGACGGGUCAGGACGAGGACCCGGCCGGUCUCCGGUCCGGUACCUGAACGUUCAGGUGCUCCCUCCUAACCCGCGAGUAUUUCCUUCACCUUUUCUGGUUUGACACUUUUCUUCCAGCAAGGCGAGUUGUGCUCCGUGACCUGAAGCUCUAAUCGUGGUUUCCUUUUCAUCGUUUUCCUCCAAUAUUACUAUUGUUUGUUUAUCAGAACUCUGGAAAUUAUACAAAGUUUUAUUGGGCAAAGUAUUCGGCAGAGACGAGGCCGUUGGACGCCUCGCUGACGUCGCCAGGAAGUCACGGUUUAUUCUUUGUAAUCUGUAACUGUCUAACUCAGGGGUCGGCAACCCACGGUUCUUAGCGCCGCCCUGGUGGUUCCCUGGAGCUUUUUCAAAAAUGUUUGACCUUUUUUUUCCGUCUUUUUCCUUUUCUGUCUUCUUUUUUUUGUUUUUUCUCUUCUUUUUUUUUGUUUUUCU